CGCUCACGUUUUGCUUCACUCGAGCUGCUCAGCAGUAGCGCGCGGCUUUUCCCCCCCGUGCGUCCCGCGAGCCUCCGGACACCGCGCGCCUGACGCCAGGAUUCCCCGGGAUAACGACGAGCUUCGUGUCGGUGGCGAUGGUGAUUGACAGAUGAUCUGACAGAGGAAGACAUCAGACUCCAUCUCCGUGCUGGUUAUUAUGGGGUGUGCCUGUUGCAAGCAGAAGAAGUCCGGCAAAGCGGUAGCAGCAGUAACAUCGGCAGCAGUAGAAGUCACAGAUCUGUCUCCUAGCAACGUAGAUGGGGGGUCCUCCUUAACCGUGACUCAGGGCCGUUACUGUCCCGACCCCACUCAGACCAUCCCUGACUUCAACAAGGGCUUCUCGUGCAGCACCAUCUUCCCCAACACCAACACACACCAGCGGCCUGGAGGCAUAACAAUUGGUGGAGUCACUCUCUUUAUAGCUCUGUAUGACUAUGACGCUCGCACUGAAGAUGACCUCACUUUCCAGAAAGGAGAGAAAUUUCAGAUCAUCAACAAUACGUGGUAUUUUGGGAAGAUGGGGAGGAAGGAUGCGGAGAGACAGCUGCUGGGCCAUGGCAACCAGAGGGGAACUUUUCUCAUACGAGAGAGCGAGACCACCAAGGGUGCUUACUCUCUGUCUAUCCGUGACUGGGACGACAACAAGGGAGACCACGUUAAGCAUUACAAGAUCCGCAAACUAGACAACGGUGGCUACUACAUCACCACAAGAUCCCAGUUUGACACUGUUCAGCAGCUGGUAGAGCACUACACAGAGAGAGCGGCAGGACUGUGCUGCCGUUUGAUUGGCAGCUGUAAACGGGGCAUGCCUAAGCUGGCUGACUUAUCAGUGAAGACCAAGGAUAUGUGGGAGAUUCCCCGCGAAUCCCUCCAGCUGAUUAAGAAACUGGGCAACGGCCAGUUUGGAGAAGUCUGGAUGGGCAUGUGGAACGGCACCACCAAGGUAGCAGUGAAGACUCUGAAGCCAGGAACCAUGUCCCCCGAGGCCUUCCUGGAGGAGGCUCAAAUCAUGAAGAGACUUCGCCACGACAAGCUAGUGCAGCUCUAUGCCGUCGUGUCUGAGGAGCCUAUCUACAUCAUCACUGAGUUCAUGAGCCAAGGAAGUUUGCUGGACUUCUUAAAAGAUGGAGAGGGGCAAAGCCUGAAGCUGCCUCAGCUGGUGGACAUGGCUGCACAGAUUGCAGCUGGAAUGGCGUACAUCGAGAGGAUGAACUACAUCCAUCGUGACCUGCGAGCAGCUAACAUCCUUGUUGGAGACAAUCUGGUGUGCAAGAUUGCUGACUUUGGCCUGGCUAGGCUCAUUGAGGACAACGAGUACACAGCUAGACAAGGGGCAAAGUUCCCCAUCAAGUGGACGGCUCCAGAAGCUGCACUGUAUGGACGCUUUACCAUCAAGUCAGAUGUCUGGAGCUUUGGUAUCCUACUAACUGAACUCAUCACUAAGGGACGUGUGCCAUACCCAGGCAUGAACAAUCGUGAGGUGUUGGAGCAGGUGGAGAGGGGCUACAGGAUGCCCUGUGCACCGGGCUGCCCCGCCUCACUCCAUGAACUGAUGCUGCAGUGCUGGAGGCGGGAGGCCGAUGAGAGGCACACUUUUGAGUACCUGCAGUCCUUCCUGGAGGAUUACUUCACUGCCACAGAGCCGCAGUACCAGCCCGGGGAAAACCUGUGACCACACACGUGUAGGACAGACAUGGAGCAAUAAAUGGACAAACAGAGGCAGACGGAAAGACACAGACACGUACACACUGACAGGCAUGCUUUAGUACAUGUACAUGCUGUCAUUGUAUUUGUUGCUCACAUAUCGUACAUGGAUACACACACACACACACACACACACACAACACAACACACACAUAUGAAGAUACAUAUCAUUGCCUUGUUAAAUUGUUUAAAGACAGUUUCCUCCCUUUGGUCAUCGAUCACUGCAGCCCGUUCAGGACAGAUCACUCAACCAUGUUGAAGAGCAGAGUCGGAGCUCUUCUGGUCAGGCCUUGCAGUUAUGUUGCUUUACUCUGUAACCAUGACAACAAGAAACUGAAAGAAGAUGUAGAUGGCUGUGUUGAGGUGGGGGGAAGUCGAGUUGGUACAUGAUCUGUUCAGCUACCAUAUAUGUUGAUUUCUUUGUCUGAGAUGAGAGUUUAAAUAGAUUGCCUGUUUACCAGAGAUAAAUAUGUUAUUAAAUAAAAGAAGGCAGGUGCAACAGGCUAGCAGACAACAGUUGGAAUAGUGUUUUUGAGAAAUGUCAAAAUGAACCUCAUGAACCUGUGUGGUAACUGACUGGAUGAUGUACAGACACGGGUGCUCCUAUGUAAGCUUUAAGAAGAUUGAUGCUCCUCCAGUAGCUGAACAAAGGUCUGUUUUAAACCUUAUUAUGUGUUAGUUAGAUAAAAAGGCUUUUAACCUGGUCCCAGAUCCAUGCCCAUCUCCUGACUGCCACCACCCUGUGCCUUAAGGUGGUCAAGUUAAGGGCUGUUUUAGAUUUUAAAUACCUUUAAUAUUGUGUUAGUAAAGUCUGAGAGAUGGUAAGGAAUGCUCUUUGUUUGUCUCAUGAUUUGUAUGACAAUUUUGUAUGAACUGUCUCUUCUGUUGUUUUUUAAUUUAACUCAGAUAUAUCUGUGCAUCACAAAGACUUCUCUAACUAGUUAACAUGUAUACAGUUUUCAUCCAUUGGGAGGGCAGGGUGAAAUGUUACACAUAAAGGGGGAAGAUUAAUGUCAGUGGAGAGAUAGUGUUUCAUUGUAUUUUCUUGACAAGAAUGUAACCUUUAUGUUGAGAUCCCCCUCAUGUUAUUUUAAUAAAGAUCAGAUAUCUUUUCCAAGUUAA